UAUAAAUAGUCUGGGAGCCUGGUCUCAUUUGUAGAGUCCUGUGAGUACCUCUAGGUACCUCCUGAUGCCACUUACAUCGUAAGUGCUUAUAAAUUACCUGCUUCAUAAUCUGCAGCAGAAUCUCUCUAAGGAUUGACAUCAAGCUUAGAGCUCUGGAGUUUACAGUACACCGGUAUGUAGUUUCCUUAUUUAAGAAAAUUGGGACACUGCCCAUUUGCAGUCCUCUCGUAUCCCCCCCGCCCCCGUUCUCUCUGAUUCAACAGAUCCUUCAGGACGGCACCUAAUGGAAGGCAGUUCCGUUUUUGCUCUUCUUAUAAUGUUCUUUUCCCUAUAGAGUUGGACAUGCAUACACAUGUUGUUUGGGGGAAUUUGCAGCACAUCCGAUGAAAGCAUAAUUCCCAACUAACAGUCAAAUCCUUUUCUUUGGAGCUACCCAGAACACACCUACCCUCGCUUCCAUAUGACAGCCCUUCAGAGACUCGAAGACAGUGUAUGACUCUCCUGUGAGCUAAGAGCACUGGCUGAGUCAGACAGACAAGAGUGACAAGCCCAGCUUCACUCCCUCUCAGCUGUAAGAACCAAGAUUUCAUUGAUUUGUGGGUUUCAUCAGCGCCUCUGAUGUCAACACAAUAAAGUCCGAAACGCUGCCUUGUAGCCAUGGCAGAUAUGUCAAUACCAUUGCAUUCAUUACGAUUCAACAACAUGAUGAAAGAGGAAAGUGGUGACCCUCAAAACAGGGGGGCAACUUUCCCUAGACCAAUGACGGAGACCAGAGCAGAGGUUCAAAUCCUGCAUUCACAGUUGCAGUUGCCUACUGUCUCAACUUCAACCUCAGAUCCUGAAGGGACAUCUACACAGCUGACGACAUCGCCAGCCUUUGACAGUCUGUCUACACCUCUCAUGGGAGCGUCACACUCUGGGACAGUGUCCCCACCACUGAUGUCAGCCUCAGACUCUGGGACACUGUCCCCAUUGCUAAUGACAGCCUCAGAUUCAGGAACACUGUCCCCACUUCUAAUGCCAGUCUCAGACUCUGGGACACUGUCUCCACUGCUAAUGCCAACCUCAGAUUCUGGAACACUGUCCCCAUUGUUGUCUACUUCAGACUAUGGGUUAAUGUCUCCAGGGAUGAUGACAAUUCCUGACUUUGGGACAAUGUCAACAUCACUAAUGGCAGCCCCAGAUUCGGCAGAGAUGUCACCACUGGCGAUGCCAGUUCCAUCCGCUGGAGUGAUGUCUGCACCUAUAAUGAGCACUUCACCUUCUGAGGCAUCGUUAAUGCUAGGGUCAGAUCCUGGUGAGAUGUCACCACUCCUGAUUCCAGAUAUGAACCCUGGAGUGACAUCCACACCACCAAUGACAGCUCCAGGCUCAGAAGCAAUGUCCCCAUUGCAAAUUACCGAUGAGGACACAGAAGCAAUGUCCAAAGUGUUAAUGACUGCCCUAGCUUCUGGAGAGAUAUCAUCCCUGUUGAUGUCAGGCACAGACUCUGAAGUGAUAUCAUCCCUGAUAAUGUCAGCCCUAGCCUCUGGAGAAACAUCGACCCAGCCAACAAACCCUCAAGACUCUGAAGGGAUACCUUCUGUGCUCAUGCCAGGCUCGGACUCUGGAGUCAUGUCUUCACUGCCUAUGCCAGCUUCUGGCUCUGGAGCAAUGCCUGCACCACUUCUGUCCAUCCCAGAUGCUGGAGAAAUCACAUUACCAAAGCCGGUCCCAGAUGCUGAGGCAAUGUCCCCACUGUUAAUGACAGCCCUCACCUCUACAGUGAUGCCCAGUCAACUGAUGUCAGCAUCUGGUUCUGGAGUGAUGUCCCCAGAUGUAACACAAAAUAUCAACUCUGAGGUCAUGACUGCUCCACCAUUAAGAGUUGCAGCCAGUGGAUUGAUGUCCACACUACCCACAAGAACUUCUGAUACAGAGGCAGCACCCAUCCAGCUAAUGAGAGUCCCUGCCUCAGGAAAUAUGUCUACAUCACAAAAGACGGUUCCAGUCUCUGGAUCAAUGUCCACUCCACUGAUGGCUGUCUCAAGCCCUGUAGCAAUGUUCACAGAAGAAAUGUCGAACACAACCUCUGGUAUGAUGUCUACACAUUUAACAAUGCCCCAAACAUCUGGAAUGAUGCCUAUAGGUUUUAUGAAGGCCACAGCAAAUGGAGCUGUCUCUGCACAGCAAAUGAGAGGUUCAGCUUCUGGGAUGAUGCCCACACAGCCAGUUAUAGCUACAGCCUCUGAAAUAAUGUCCGUGUCACAAUCAACAGUCCCAACCUCUGGGUCAGUGUCCACACAGAAAACUCGAGCUCCUGUCUCUGGACCAAUGUCUACAACCCAAAUAAGAACCACAGCCUCAGGAUUGACAUCUACACCACAAAUGAAAGCCACAGCCUCUGGAACAAUGUCUAUCCCACUAAUGACAGCCAAAACCUCUGGAUCAGCAUCCACACUGUUAAUGAGAGACACAGCCUCAGGAGUGAUAUCCGUGCCACAGAUGAGAGCUCCAAGCUCUGGAUCAUUGUCCAAGCCACUAAUGACAUCCAAAGCUUCUGGAAUGUUCAUGCAGCAAAUGACAACUGCAGCUUUUGGAGCAACACCUACAUCACUAAUAAGAGACACAGCUUCUGGAGGUCUGUCUAUGCCACAGAUGACAGAUCCAGCCUCAGGAGGCAUGUCCACACUGCUAACGAGAGCCACAGCUUCGGGAGCAACGUCUACAUCACAGAUGACAGCCACCACCUCUGGAGGCAUGUCCAUGCUUCAAACAAGACUCUCAGGUCCUGGAGCAACAGCCACAUCACUAAUGAGAGCCACAGCCUCUGAGAUGAUACCUAGUCAGCCAGUGAACAUGCAAGACUCUGGAGGGGUGGCCAUACCACUCAUGAGACCUGUUGCCUUGGGAGGGAUGCAAAUGAGAUCCCAGGGCUCUGGAACAAUGUCCACACCCCUCUUGAGAGCCUCAGACUCAUCAGAGAUGUCUACAUUGCUCACAAAAGCCCCAUCCUCUGGGGAGCGGCCUCUGCUACUAAUGAGACCUCCAGCAUCUGGGGAGAUAGUUCCACCUCCUAGAACCCCAGUUUAUGGGACGAUAUCUGCUCCACACAUGACAACCACAGCCUCAGGAGUGAUGACGAUGUCUCCUAUGAAGGCUUCUGUCCCUGCAUCAGAGUCGACAGCUCUCCAGAGAUCCACAGAUUCAGGAGGGAUGUCCACACCACUGAUGAGAACAGCAGUUUCUAGAACAAAGCCUAUCCCACAAAUGAUGACCACAGCUUGUGGAGACGUGUGUCCGUGCCCAGUGCGAGCUGCAGCCACUGCAGGGAUCUCUCCAUCACCAGUCAGACCACUAGCUUCUUCGACCGUGUCUACACCACUUAGGAGACCCUCUGAUGGAGCUGGGACCGCAGAGUUAGAGAGAGUUCUAGGCCCUGGAAUUAUGUCCUCUGCACAAUUGGCAGCUAUGACCUCAGGAGAGAUGUCCAAGCCACUGAUGAGGGCUUCAGCCCCUGGAACCACACCCAUGCCUUUGAUGUCCCCCAUGACUUCUGGAGAGAUGUCUAUGCCACUAAUGAAAACCAUGCCUUCUGGGACAAUGUCAACUCUACAAACCAAAGUCAUGAGCUCUAGAGCUACAUCUUUACCACAGCCAAUAAAUGCAGCUUCUGGGGGAAUAGCUAAUCCCCCACUGAGAGCCCCAGCCUCUGGAGCAGUGUCUACACCACUUAUGAGAGUCUCGGGUUCAGGAAUGAUGCCCAUGCCUCUACUGAGGGCUACAGCCUCAGGAGGAAUAUCUGUGCCACAAGUGACAGCUCCAAGCUCUGGAGAUGUGUCCUCACCACUAUUGAGGGCCCCGACACCUGGAAUAAUGUCCACACCACAAACAGCCUUUGGAAUGACACCCGCUCUGAAUAUCAAAGUCACAGACUCAGGAGAGGCAUCUACCUCUCACACCAGAGUAACAGCCCCUGGAUACAAGAGCACACCACACACAACAAGCACAGUCCCUGAAGUGAAGACGCCACCACCAAAGGAAGUGCCGUCCUUUGGUAUGUUGACCCCGGCACUCUGUUACCUCUUAGAAGAGCAAGAAGCAGCCCGGGGCUCAUCCUCGGUGGAGGAAGAUGAAGAGGAGAUUGAUGAGGAGAAACAAAUGAAGGGUUUUUUAGAUGAUUCUGAGAAAAUGGCAUUUCUAGUGUCGCUUCAUCUGGGGGCAGCAGAGAGAUGGUCCAUCUUGCAGAUGGAAGUAGGAAACCCCGUAUCCAGUGAAAAUAAAGCUUUCUUGAGAAGAUCACAGGGCUUAUAUGACUCCCUGUCUGAGAUAGACAUCCUAAGUGCUGUUCUUUGCCAUCCCAAGCAGGGCAAAAAGUCAGUAAGGCAGUAUGCCACUGACUUCCUGCUGCUGGCCCGACAUUUGUCUUGGUCUGAUGCCAUUCUACGGACCAGGUUUCUGGAAGGACUCUCAGAAGCUGUUACCACCAAAAUGGGCCGUAUCUUCCUGAAGGUGGCCGGCAGCCUGAAGGAGCUGAUAGAUAGGUCUCUGUACACCGAGUGCCAGCUGGCGGAAGAGAAGGAUUCCUCAGGCAAUGCAAGCCAAGUUGUGCCAACAGCCUGUAAGCGAAACAACGAGGAGGCCAUGGAGAAUGAACUGGGCUGUCAGCAGCAGACUGAGGAGCACCAGCAUGUUCCCAAACGCUGUUACUACUUGAAAGAACAUGGAGACCCCCAGGAAAGUCUUCAUGACCACCUUCGACAGAGUGCAGGCCUUCCGAAGGCCCCUACCAACAAGUAGUACUCCUUGGAAUCUUAUGUGGUUUCUGACUUGGCUGCUAACUUGAGGACUGGUUCCUGGACCCAUUCCAUUCAACAUAAAACGUGUUGCCUUCACCCUUCAGCCUUCCCCUCCAGGCACAUCCCACUUUAUCUCCCUUUUGGUUGCCUUGACAUUUUUUCACCUACAUGCCUGUGACCUGCCCUGACAAUCAGUGUGAACUUUAAGAGUGUGUGGUGUAUGAGCUUCUGAACUCCCAUCAUUGUCAUUAAGACCAGUUCCAAUUCUUGGUCCAGGGAGAAGUCUAGGCAGGAGAAAUCAUGUCCUACCUCAAAACACCUUAGAGUGUCUUGCCAUAUGUCAUCAGGCAAACUUGAGGAAACCCUGGUACUAUUACACCUGGCAGGGAAGCCUAUAAAGAGAGAGAUACCCACUCCUAUACCAUCCUUUCAGCCAGUAGACUUGCCCUUAUAUGUCCCAGUUCAUAGUAUCUAAAUGGGUCUCCAGGGCCUUUGCCCUGUUUAUAGUCUCAAUCCUAAACCAUUUGUUUUGACCCAUGAUAUUAAUAGUAGUGAUAGUAAUGGCUAACAAUGUGGUGUUGUUGGUACUUGCCAUGUGAUUGUUGGUAAUGUGCCAUGUGACAGGUACUGGGUUAAACCUUUGACAAACACCAUCUCACUACAGCGUUAUAGUAACCUAACUUGUUCUUGUGUUGUUAGCUUCUGAUCUCUUGAUCUGUUGCUUAUGGCCCUUGUUCAUCAGUGUGGAAUCUCUAGCUAUGACCUCUGGGUGAUCCCCUCAGUUGUUAAUUACCCUUGCUCCCCUUGGCUGUUGUGCUUCAUGGCCAACACUCUUCAUAAGGGCCUUGGUGUCUAAACAGGUGUAGGUAGUUAGAACAUAAUAUGAACAGUGUUUGCCUACAGGUGGUGGGUUAUGGGUAUUUUUUUAUUUUCUUUUUACUGUUCUCUGUACUUUCCAGAUUCACCACAGUAAGCAUGUAUUACAUUUGUAAUCAUAAAAAUAAAGGUUAUUUGUGGAAAAUGAA